AUGGAUCCGCAGCAGCGAAAACUAAUGGAGUGCAUCUUUGAGGCCUUCGAGAACGGUGGAAUACCGCUUGAGAAAAUCUCUGGCACAAACACUGGUGUGUAUGUUGGGAACUUCAACAAUGACUACAACAUCAUGGGUCUGAAGGACGGUGAUCACCCUCGCCCGUAUGGCAUGAUGGGCGCUGGUGUUACGCUCCUGUCAAACCCUUGUCGCGCUUUGGUGUCGGGAGAGAUCGACGGUGCGAUUGUCGGGGGCACGAACCUUAUCCAAGCUGUCGAAAAUCAUCUGGGUACGCAGGAAAUGGGCGUUCUAUCCCCCACGUCCACCUGCCACACUUUUGACGCUGCCGCAGAUGGCUAUGGACGAGGUGAAGGUAUUGGUGCAAUCUACCUCAAAAGAUUAUCUUCUGCGGUUCGAGAUGGCGAUCCCAUUCGAGGCGUCAUUCGUGCGACAGCUACAAACGCUAAUGGGAGGACGAGUGGAGUCAGCCAUCCCAGUGUCGCCGGGCAGGAAGCUGUCAUCCGUGCGGCAUACAAUUUUGCUGGAAUAAAUGACUUUGGGGAGACCGGUUACUUCGAGACACACGGCACUGGCACCGCGGUCGGCGAUCCAAUUGAGGUGAAAGCACUAUCUAAUGUCUUUUUGCCGGACCGAACCCAUCGAGAUGAAUUUCUGAUCGGCGGAGUCAAACCGAACAUUGGACAUGCCGAGGCAGCCUCCGGAAUCGCUUCCAUAAUCAAGGCAGCAUAUGCCCUAGAGACAGGCAUAAUUCCAGCGACGAUUGGCAUCAAGAAUUUCAAUCCAGCGAUUGACUUUCGAGAUGGGAAGGUGCAUGUAGUGCAAGACAAUCAGAACUGGCCAAGCGGAUACGACGUCAGGAGAAUCAGUAUCAAUUCGUUUGGCUAUGGCGGCGCCAACGGACACGUCAUUAUGGAAUCCGUCGAUUCGAUUCUUCCGGGGCAUCAGUCUUUCAAAAAACGCGGCGCGGAUAGACAGGACACAGCCUCUGACUUGGAAACUGGCGAAAUGGGCUCUGAUGGAGUCGUUUUCAAAACCAAGACAAGGACUCAGUUCUUGUUCCCUUUCUCGGCGCACGACGUCACGACGCUGAAUGCCAACAUCGACAGCCUCCGCCAAGUCUCGGAAGACUACGACGUGGAAGACAUUGCAUUCACUUUAGCCUCUCGCCGCUCCCGUUUCUCGAAUCGCACUUUCUGCAUUGUGAAUAAGCAUUCUGUCAUGGACGAUCUUACCGACAACAUGAUAAGGCCAGAUAAGCGCGGGGAAGGUACCAACAUUGCUAUGGUAUUUACUGGUCAGGGAGCCCAGAAUGCACAGAUGGGCAUGGAACUCAUGCAGGACUUUCCUUCUUAUCUGCCGGUACAGAUUGGUCUGGUUGACCUGUUAAACGGUUGGGGGAUCCGCCCUUCCGCGACUGUUGGGCACUCCUCCGGUGCAAUCGCUGCAGCCUACGCUGCGGGCUCAAUCAGCAAGAAGGAUGCAAUUCUGACUGCUUACUUUCGCGGUUUGGCUGUCGAAGGAUUGGCUACUAAGGGCACGAUGGUAGCAGUUGGAUUAGGGGCCGCUGAGGUUGAGCCCCUAUCUUGA